AUGUGCCGCAACGAAAGAUCCAAGAUCCUACGUGCUGCAGGAGGAGCAGGAAAUCCCGCCCGGCUGCGGCGGCCGCCGCGGCGGGAGGGGGAGACGCUCCGGCCGGGCUGUCCCGGCGGCCACGCAUCGAUCUCGUCCGGGUCUAAGUCGUCGCCCCGCCCACCCGUCCAUUCCCGGAGCCACGCGGCCCGGAGGCCUGGCUCUUCCCGGGGGCCCCCGAGCGGCUGGCCGGCCGCCGCCAGGUGCAAAGAGACUGGUCAGACCCGCUCGCACACGGUCACCACCACCGCCAGCUCCUUCGCCGAGAACUUCUCCACCACCAGCAGCAGCUUCUCCUAUGACCGCGACUUCCUCCGCACCCUGCCCGGGCUCCUCAUCGUGGCGGAGAUCGUUCUGGGACUGCUGGUAUGGACGCUCAUCGCUGGAACUGAGUACUUCCGGGUCCCUGCCUUUGGCUGGGUCAUGUUCGUAGCUGUGUUUUACUGGGUCCUCACCGUCUUCUUCCUCAUCAUCUACCUAACGAUGACCUACACCAGGAUCCCCCAGGUGCCCUGGACCACGGUGGGUCUAUGGUUUAACGGCAGUGCCUUCGCCUUAUACCUCUCAGCCGCUAUUGUGGACGCAUCUUCCGUCUCCCCGGAGAGAGACAGUCACAACUUCAACAGCUGGGCGGCUUCGUCGUUCUUCGCCUUCCUGGUUACCAUCUGCUAUGCUGGAAACACAUAUUUCAGUUUUAUAGCUUGGAGAUCCAGGACCAUGCAGUGAUUCACCAGUUUGAAAAUUAAAAGCGGGGGGAAAAAGGAAGACUCACUGUAAAAAAACAAAACAAACAAAAAACAAACCUGUAGGUAUAAUGUAUAUUUCCAGAGAUUUGUAUUUAACUAAUGUUUUUAUAUACUUAGUUAAAUUUGCUGACACUGGUUUGUUACAAUUAAACUGGAUACUUAUCUGCUGUAGCUUCUGAUGAACUCUUAACUAUCUUGUUACUGUCUUCACAGACCUUAUUUUCUUAGGCAGUGUAGAAAGAGAUGAACUGCUGAUACGAAGAAUGCAUCAAGUUUAUAAACCGAACUUUUAAAAAUGCUAAAUUCUUUUUUGAUUAAAUGUUGCAGAAUCCAGGGUAA